ACGGCACCAGGGGCGGAAAGGGCCUGUGUGCAAAGCGUACUGGCUGUCAGCUGUCCACCCUCCCCAGCAUCAUGUUACUUUAACUGGUUUUAUGUUCGAAUAGUCCACCGAGUCGCUGUCAAGGAGAGGAACCGCUGCUUCAAUUUUAAGGGAGGAACCCUUUCAGCGGCGUGCCUCUAUUUCCACACGGAAUUCUGUCACCCCGGGACCGUAAAUACACCGUCGUAGCUGUUCCCGCGGCCCGGGCUGAGAUAGCUAGAGAGACGGAGCCGGAGUCGCGGACGAUGACGACUUAACAGAAGAACAGCACCGCGUCAAUGACACGAACCGGUACUUUCACUCCACGCGACAGCAGAGCCGUAAAGUUCGCGGGUUCCGGUGCGGAAGAGGGACCAUAAAAUCGAGGGAUGGAGUCGUGUCGGCGGACGGGACUCAACGAGGUCUUGUGCUCGCUGUCGCUGCUGUGCGUCAUCCUGGACAUCCAGCUGGACGGCGUCUUCGGGACGACUCACGUCGAGAUCGAGCACCACUUGGAGAUGGGCCGAAAGCUUCUGGCCGCCGGUCAACUGGCCGAAGCCCUGUCGCACUACCACUCUGCUGUGGAGGGAGACUCGAAGAAUUACCUGACCUACUACAAGCGAGCUGCCGUGUUUCUGGCUAUGGGGAAGUCCAAAUCGGCCCUGCCGGACCUGACCCGAGCCAUCCAGCUCAAGCCUGACUUCCUGGCUGCCAGGUUGCAGAGGGGGAAUAUCCUGUUGAAGCAGGGCAGCACACAGGAGGCCAGGGAGGACUUUGAAGCAGUGCUGCAGCGCUCACCAGAUCACAAAGAAGCUCAGGAGCAGCUGAUGAGCGCGAACGAGCUGGAGGAGCUACAGGAGGACGCCAAUGCCGCGUACCACCAAGGGGACUACGGCACCACCGUCGGUGUGCUGGAGAGAGUCCUUGAGAUCUCUCCUUGGGAUCCGGAGUCGCGGGAGCUCCGCGCCGAUUGUUACAUCCGACUGGGAGACCCGCAGAAAGCCAUCCAGGACCUGACGCCGACCACCAGGCUGCGAAACGACAACCGCGCCGCCUUCCUGAAGCUCAGCACGCUGCACUACGGCCUGGGGGAUCACCACGAGUCGCUCAGCCACGUCCGAGAGUGCCUGAAGCUGGACCAGGACGACAAGGAGUGUUUCGGCCACUACAAGCAGGUGAAGAAGCUCAGCAAGCAGCUGGACUCGGCGGAGGAGCUCAUCGAGCAGGACAGGCAUCAGCAAGCCAUCGACAAGUAUCAAGCGGCGAUGAAGACGGAGCCGAAUGUGCCGUUCUACACCAACCGGGCCAAGGAGAGGAUCUGCUUCUGCCUUGUCAAGCUCAAAAUGGCCCAGCAGGCCAUCGACGCGUGUUCAGAGGCUCACCAGAGAGACCCGCGCAACGCCAACGUCCUGCGAGACCGAGCCGAGGCGUACAUCCUCAACCAGGAGUACGAGAAAGCCGUGGAGGACUACCUGGAGGCGAAAGAGUUUGACAGCGAGGGCGAACGCAGCGACCUCAAAGAAGGACUGGAACGAGCCCAGAAAAUGCUCAAAGUCUCCCGUAAGAGGGACUACUACAAGAUCCUCGGGGUCGGCAGGAGCGCAAACAAGCAGGAGAUCAUCAAGGCGUACAGGAAGCUGGCGCAGCAGUGGCACCCCGACAACUUCCAGUCCGAGUCGGAGAAGAAAGAGGCGGAAAAGAAGUUUAUCGACAUCGCCUCGGCUAAAGAGGUCCUCACCGACCCAGAAAUGAGGCAGAAGUUCGACGCGGGGGAGGAUCCCCUGGACCCCGAGAGCCAGCAGGGUGGUGGGGGAGGCGGGGGCCAGGGCUGGCCUUACCCCUUCAACCCGUUCGAUUCCGGCGGCAGCUUCCACUUCAAGUUCCAACACAACUAGAGGGGAGGACUCGACAGGGGGGGGUGGGCGAGCAACAACACCAACAACACCACCACCACCACCGGCGGAUGGACGGAGAAGUCUUCCUUAGAACUGGUGCUUCAGCUCGGACACUUGAACAUCUGAUUUGUAACGCAGCGGAGGGCUUGAGCUGUCCAGUGGAAAAAAAAGAAAGAAACCUGGACUUGUCACCACUAAAACUUCAGACCUGACGCAAAGAAAACAAAUUAUCGUGUCAACUUUUAGGAGGGGGGGGGGGGGGGCUUUGUCUGUGAGACUUUUGGGGUCGUUCCCGGUUCUUUCUCGGUGCCAUUCUCUGAGCCUGCAUCGAGGGACUUUGUUUUUGACGCGGUAGCCGCUCGGACGUCGUGGUCGAUCUUCGCUCGCAGUAUUCUUUUGAAGGGAUUCUUGAGCUGAUCUCGGCCUACGCGGUUGACCACGGCGAACCUUUUUCUGUAAUAGAGAACCACGGUUUUCAUACAUCGUGGCAGCGGAAGGUUUAUGUUGUCGAGCUUCUCCCUUGAUGGGAAGUAGGCGAGUCUUCCGCACUAGUGGAAACUCGUGGGUGUCAAAGCGUCGAAAUCCUAUGGAUCUUUAAAUCAGUGUGGCUCUGAAAUGUUUUUGUGCUUUUCUUUAAAUUAGCUUUUUUUUUCACGAGCUAUCUAUUUGGCAUAAUGUGUAAAUUCUUUUCUUCAUUGCUAUUUCAAAAUGCAAUACUUUCAGAUCCAAAAUCCAAAUGAUGGACAAACAGAAUGUCCUGGACUAGAGCGUAGAACUUGACUGAGUAGUAUUUAACUCCUUUCCUUUUCACUUCAAAGCUAAUCUUUGAAAACUUGCACUUUUUACCCUUUUUGUUUGGAAAAACUGCCCAUCUUCUCCACUCCGGACACGUUACUGCGGGUUUUUGUUUUUUAAAAGCCCUUCAAAAACCAAGUACAUCUUGAAUGGUUUAUCUGAGAGCCUCGUUCAUAAAAGUGCACUUUUUAGAUGUAAGGUGGGACAUUAGUGUCAGGAUGCUCUGAGGCACAACUUGACCAUUAAGUUUCAGAUCAAAUCAAACUUAGUGAAUGAGGCUCCAACCAGGAAAGACACAAGGAAGUUUAACGGUGUUCUAAGAUGACCUUUAUUUUAAAGAUUUGACUUAAGUUAUUUAGUCCAAACUGGCUUAAAGAUACAAAGCAUUCAAAGCUGUUGAGAGUCACUGUAAGGUGCGACUGUGUGAACCAAACGGACCGGCUUGUAUUUAAAUCGACUGAGUGGGGCGGUUUUGUUUUCUGGUUCUAUGUCUUUUUAGGACUUUCUGCGGUUAGUGGCAUCGAUUUUACUGUUGCCAAACUAAACCAGCUGACAUGCUCCAGCGUAUUAAAAUAUUGAACCAA